CAGUACUUGAGUAUUUUAGUGUGAUUUGAUUAAACCUGACUUGUUUAAUCAAAAGACUUCAACGGUUGCUUCUUGGUCAAUUGGAGACACCCUGCCUCGGUAUGAAUGGCCUCUCGUUCUGCACAAUGGUGCGAUCUGGACGACAACACCAAUUUGGACGGCGACUGCUCUGUGCAUGGACGGCAGCAAUUUCACCGAGACGGUGGUUUCAGAUCCUUCGGACGGCGACCUAUUGUGCGCGGUCGGAAUCUGGACGGCCGUGUGUGGAUGUUAGAUCUGAUUCACGACUGUAUCCGGAAACGCAGGGGUGGUUUCUUCUGUACGGCUGCGAUUGAAGCGAAAACAGGGACGGCGGCGGCGAUACCUCUGCUGCUAGGCGGUGGGGGGACCUGGGCUGUGGCGACUGGAUGCGUCGGCGCACAGACGGAUCAGCGGCUGUGAUCUCCUUGAACCAUCGGCGUCAAUAUUUCUAAUCCCACCCCUCUUUUCCUCGUAGCUAUUCACUUCUCACCCCCUCCCAACACAAAAGAAACUUUAUUUUUUUAAUUGUUUCGUACAUAGUACACACACACAAACAGACCCAGUCUUUGCCAAUUGCCAGCCAACCCAUACACAGUUUGACAGUACGGAAAAGGGCGCUAUAAUUAUGUAUGCGCCGGCAGGCGUCCAAUUCUUCACCUCAUUUUCAACAACAAUUUUUAUAGAAAGUGAAAUUAAAUUUAGCUGCGGGCG